CACCGACGAUCGAAAUCUCACAGAAACACAACAUCAUGUAGCACAUUGUUCAGCCUCCCCAUUUUAUUAUAUGAUUCUCCAAGUCACUAUUGUGUUUGUGGGUGCUGCUGCCAUCGCAGCAGCAGCAGCAAAUGCCAACCAAAAGAAGAAGCCAAUAGAUCCUCCGAGGGAGCCAGAGGAGGAAGAUGACAAAGAUGAGAGCUUUGUCGACGCAAUUAGUAGUGCUUGGUCGGAAGCAGAGGAAAAGAUCAUGGCCGAAGACAUCGAGUAUCGUAAGGAGGCUUUCGAGACCAAAUUACUUGCUCUGUACCUUCACAAGGAGAAGGAAUCUUGCCUUCUUACAUUGCGAAGGGACGUGGAAGAUAAGAUCGACGAGAUCGGGAAGCUAGACGUCAAGCUGAAAUCUUUAGAGGCAGAGAUCGAGGAUCUCGUUUUUAAGCAGGGGAAGUUGCAGCUGGAACAAAGUAGGGAGCUAGAGCUGGCUAACAAGACUGUGCAGCAACUGCACAAGAGAUUAACGCUGGAAGCCGAUUCGAACAGUAUGGUUUUGGAGAAAAUGAAGAUGAUUCAAGAACGAGUUUCUGAACUUCAAGAUGGAGAAUUGUGUCAGAGUAAGAGAGACGCGCGGGUUGAUGAGAAAUUGAGGGGUUUUGAGUUGGGAAUCUUGAGAAUAAAGAGGAAGAACAAAGAGUUGGAGAUGGAGAAGAGAGCAAUUUCCCUCAAAUUGGUUGCAGCUAGAGAAAGCAGAGCAUUCCCCAUUUUGAACGAGAGGGAGGUUCCUCCAGAAUUGGAUGAGGAAUUAAGAAUUGUGAAGCAGGAAAAUGAUGAGCUACUAAAGCAAGUUGAGGCGUUGCAGAAGAGCAGAUUUAGCAUGGUGGAAGAGCUAGUUUACCAGCAGUGGAUCCACGCUUGCCUGAAAUUCGACUACUCCGGCAAACCGUGGAGACCACACUCUGAAACUGAUACCAACAGCAGUUCGGAUAGAAGCUCUCCUUCCAUCAUCAAGAGAAGAACCAGCAUGGAGAGAUCGACUAGCUUAAUUCGCCAGAUCAAGAAUUGGGGGAAAACCCAGAGCAAUUUUCGGGCUCGGAGAUUCUCUACUUCGAUGAUACCCUCGAGGCCACUGUCAAUGUUGAGCGGGGAUUCCAGAGAGGCAGAGGAACUGAAAAACAGGGGAAUUGCAAACACUCUGAACCCCAGAAAACGGAGAGUGUCCUUCAAUGAUCACGUCAGCAUCUUCGAACUGACGCCUGAAAUGUGUGCAGAAGAAGUACGGGCUACAGAGCCAGCAGAAUCUGUAUCUGAUACGGAAUACCCUACAGUGACACCGCCGGAUUCUGAAAUCGCCAUUGACAGAGUUAGCAGAUCGAGUGCUGAAACUGAUUUCGAGAUCGAUGAACAAGAAGAAGAAGAAGAAGUAACGAAAUUGGAUGAAGAUAUGGUUAAUGAAACAGAAUCUGAAGAGGAUUUCAAUUUGAGGGUUGCGAUUGUUCGUCUUCCUGAUCAAAAUGCUGUUGGGGUAGGUCUAAGCCAUGCUCUGUCUUUGUUCCUCUGUUUUUGCUUUGUUGUUGCCAUAGUAGUGAGUUUAGCUAGGCGUCUCUUGGCCGGGAAAUAAUAGGAUUGCACAAACUUUAUAGGAUUUCCAUGUGAAUAUGAUUAUAUUGUAAUCGAUGGUAAGGAAAAAAUAGUAAGACUUGAUCUCCUAGAGAACAAUGCGACUAUAGUCUUUAGUGACAAGAAUGAUCAACUUCCCUAUAAUUUCUUAGAAUGAUGUGAGAUUGUACGAUGAUUAAUGU